AUGGCAACUAGAGCCGCGUACUUUUCCCCGUCGGAAGCACAAAUCCUCAUGGAGGCAUACGAGGAGGUAAAAGGUAUAAUUAAGAAGAAAGGCAACACCGCCACAGUGAUAAAGCAAAGAGAAAAAGCGUGGCAAAGUAUUGCAGACCGCCUGAAUGCAUUAAACAUGAACGGGCCAAAACGGACAUGGCAGCAGGUCAAAAUCAAAUACAAGAACAUUCUGCAGAAUGCAGUGAAAAAGAAUACCCACAGACAAGGCACGGGUGGUGGGUCACCAAAGGCUGACCUUACCCCAGCAGAGGACAUGGCCUUGGAGCUAAAUAAAGGCAGGCCCGUCUUAGAGGGGAUCCCUGGGGGGAAAGAGACGAGCAUAGGUUCCUCCCAAGAUGCCACCCGCUUCAUUCAAGGGUCUGGCAGCACUGUGUUCCUGUUAGAGCCACCAGCACAAGCACCAGACGAUGCUGAUCCAGGUGAAGGCCCCAGUGCAGCAGCAACAGCACAUGAUAGAGACGACGAUGAUGAUGAGGAGGAGACCAUCUCUCUGGAUUCCGGAAGGCAUGAGGACCCAGAUGCUAUACAGUGGGAAAACCAGCCUGGCAACAUAGUGCGUAUAAAUAAAAGGACACCACAUCCUGCCAAAUUCCAGCUGCGCUAAUUGUAUUGUGUUCACAGAGCUCACAAGCUAUCAGAAAGUUGUAUGGCAACCA